CGGCGGUGGAGGAGCAGAAGCUCGCUGAUGUCAGCGUCGGUGGGAGGAUCUUCGUGGGUUGAGUCACGCAGCUGUCAAAGAUAGCUGUCACCCAGUUUGUCCAUCAAACCCAAAACACAGUCAAUGAGGACAGAGCUCAGGUGACCCCCUCCGGCCCCCUUUUUUCCCCUCGGACACCCCCCGCCUACCUCCGCUCAGCAGCGGGAAAACACGACCAAACUAUUUCCUUCGUGGGUGCUGCUUUUUUUUUUUUUUUUUUUUUUUUUUUGCAUCAAUAAGGAUUUGCGGGGCGAUCAACACUUAAGGAUACGUUUUCUUCAACGCGAGGAUACAGCGGGCAUUUUUUUUCCUCCCCCCCCGGUGGGACAUGAAGACGAAAAAAGGUUUGACGAUGCUGUCGGGAAGUGAGACGGACGACGACGACAGCGUGGACGCCCCCCUGGACCUGUCGUCCAGCGCCGGGGGCGGUGGCGGCAAGAGGAAGCGGCGGGGGAACCUGCCCAAAGAGUCGGUCCAGAUCCUCAGGGACUGGCUGUACGACCACCGCUACAACGCCUACCCCUCGGAGCAGGAGAAGGCGCUUCUGUCCAAGCUGACGCAGCUCUCCACACUGCAGGUGUGCAACUGGUUCAUCAACGCGCGCCGGCGCCUCCUCCCGGAGAUGCUGCGGAAAGACGGCAAGGACCCGAACCAGUUCACCAUCUCCAGGAAGGGCGGGAAGGCGAGCGACAGCUUCUCCGACAGCUCCCAGUCGCCGAAACACAGCAACUCGGCAGGGGGCGCCGACGACGCCUACGACCGGCGGGUCCUCAGCCCCUCCAGCUUCGAGCCCGCCGCGCCGUCGCCCUCGUCGGGUCCGCAGCCUCCCCGGCCAUCCGUCAUCUGUCACACGACCGUCAGCGCCGGGACCCUCCAGCCCUCGCCGUCGCUGAACUCUGACAAGGCGGCCGAGCGGCUGCAGGCGGCGCAGGCGCUCCUCAGGUGCCUGGACAAGGGGGCCACCACCAUCCUGGAGGGCAACCUGAGUCCCCGCAGCGGCCUUUUCAACACCCCGCCUCCGACCCCGCCCGACCUCACGCAGGACUUCAGCGGCUUCCAGCUCCUGGUGGACGUGGCCCUCAAGCGGGCGGCUGAGAUGGAACUGCAGGCCAAACAGUUGGUGUCCUAAAACGACAACAUGGGGGUGCGCGGGGGGACACACACACAUUUCUCGGACUCAACAGAAAACACCCCCACCGCCCCCUACCAUGAAAAAGUCUCAUCAUUUCUAUUUUUUCUAUAGCAGUCAACUAGUUGAUUGCCGACAGUAUCAAGGUGCCUUCAUUUCACAUUUGUAUGGACAUUUAUGAUGGACUUGUUUGCACAGGGACCAAAAACAUGAAAGCUGCCUGUCUUUGGAGGCGGAGCUACCUUUGAUCCAAACAUUUCAUCUCCUCAACGUCUUCACUACUGUAGUCAAUGUUACACUAUAUAUGUUCAUUUUAUCAUUUAGUUGUUUUAAAAUAUUUUUUUUUUUUUACCUUUUUAAAUCGCUACUCCUUCCUUGCCCAAAUAAGGGAUAUUUCAGAUGAGCAAUGUAGCAGGCGGGGCCAGUGGACGGAAAGAGGACACACUACAAUAAACGUUUAGUUGACAAAGACAGCGUUAGGCCAAAUGAAGCGUUUUCAUGUAUAAUAGGACCAGGUGUGUAGGUCAUGUGACACAUGGCGCCCAAUGAUGUGAUUUCAUUUCAAACUGUGCAAUGUUUGUGGCACACCGCGCGUCACACGGGAUUCAAAUAAACUUUUGUUUUUCUACUUUA